AUGGAGGCGGCGCGCAGCGAGCGCCACCCAGGCUGGCCGCGGGCGCCCCUCGCCCGGACCGGGCUCCUACUUCUGUCGACGUGGGUCUUGGCGGGUGCCGAGAUCACUUGGGGUACGACGGGCGGUCCGGGGCGCCUCCCGGCUCCCGCUUCUCGGCGGCCGCCGCCGCCGCCACCGCAGGCGCAGCCCCUCAGCGCGCUGGAGCGCGGGGACGCCCGGGCCACGGCGCCCGCCGCCGACAGUUCCAAAGCCAGCCGUCCUCCGGCCAAGGGUUCCCGGGAGGAGGCGAAGGCGGCGCGGACCGGGGGACCGGCCCCCGAGGAGCUCCGGCUCCCCAGCACCUCAUUCGCCCUAACGGGAGAUUCGGCUCACAACCAAGCCAUGGUGCACUGGUCGGGACACAACAGCAGCGUCAUACUGAUCCUGACGAAGCUGUACGACUUCAACCUGGGGAGUGUGACUGAGAGUUCUCUGUGGAGGUCAACAGAUUAUGGUACCACCUAUGAAAAGCUGAACGACAAAGUGGGUUUGAAGACGGUCCUCAGCUACCUCUACGUCAAUCCCACCAACAAAAGGAAGAUCAUGCUUCUUAGUGAUCCUGAAAUGGAGAGCAGCAUCCUGAUCAGCUCAGAUGAAGGGGCGACCUAUCAGAAGUAUCGACUUACCUUUUUCAUUCAGAGUCUUCUCUUUCAUCCCAAGCAAGAAGACUGGGUGCUGGCCUACAGUAUGGAUCAAAAGCUCUACAGCUCCAUGGACUUUGGAAGACGGUGGCAACUCAUGCAUGAGCGCAUCACACCCAAUAGGUUUUACUGGUCAGUGGCUGGAUUGGAUAAGGAGGCGGACCUGGUGCACAUGGAAGUGAGGACGGCAGAUGGAUAUGCUCACUACCUCACCUGCAGGAUCCAGGAAUGUGCAGAGACAACUCGGAGUGGCCCCUUUGCCCGCUCCAUUGAUAUCAGCUCCCUGGUUGUCCAGGACGAGUAUAUCUUCAUUCAAGUAACAACAGGUGGAAGAGCCAGCUACUACGUGUCCUAUCGAAGAGAGGCCUUUGCUCAGAUAAAGCUGCCCAAGUACUCCUUGCCAAAGGACAUGCACAUCAUCAGCACUGAUGAAAAUCAAGUAUUUGCAGCAGUGCAAGAAUGGAAUCAGAACGACACCUACAACCUCUACAUCUCGGACACACGUGGUAUCUACUUCACCCUGGCUAUGGAGAACAUUAAGAGCAGCCGAGGUCUACUGGGAAACAUUAUUAUCGAAUUAUAUGAGGUAGCAGGUAUCAAAGGUAUAUUCCUGGCAAACAAGAAGGUGGAUGACCAGGUGAAGACAUACAUCACUUACAACAAAGGCAGGGAUUGGCGCCUACUGCAAGCUCCAGAUGUGGACCUGAGAGGAAACCCAGUGCACUGCCUGCUGCCUUUCUGUUCCUUACACCUGCACUUGCAGCUCUCUGAAAAUCCAUAUUCCUCAGGACGAAUCUCCAGCAAGGAGACAGCCCCAGGACUUGUGGUGGCCACAGGCAAUGUUGGCCCGGAGCUCUCAUACACUGAUAUUGGUGUGUUCAUCUCCUCAGAUGGAGGCAACACCUGGAGACAGAUCUUUGAUGAAGAGUACAAUGUCUGGUUCCUGGACUGGGGUGGCACCCUUGUGGCCAUGAAACACACACCUCUGCCAGUCAGGCAUUUGUGGGUGAGUUUUGAUGAGGGCCACUCCUGGGAGAAGUAUGGCUUCACUGUACAUCCUCUCUUCGUAGAUGGCGCUCUGGUAGAAGCGGGUGUAGAGACCCACAUCAUGACAGUUUUUGGCCACUUCAGCCUGCGCUCUGAGUGGCAGUUGGUGAAAGUGGACUACAAGUCUAUCUUCAGCCGGCGCUGCACUAAGGAAGACUAUCAGACCUGGCACCUGCUCAAUCAGGGAGAGCCUUGCGUCAUGGGAGAAAGGAAAAUAUUCAAGAAACGCAAGCCAGGAGCUCAGUGUGCCUUGGGCCGAGAUUACUCCGGGUCGGUAGUCUCAGAACCCUGUGUCUGUGCUGACUGGGACUUCGAGUGUGACUAUGGCUAUGAGAGACACGGGGAGACUCAGUGUGUCCCAGCUUUCUGGUAUAAUCCAGCAUCUCCCUCAAAGGACUGCAGCCUUGGUCAAAGCUACCUCAACAGCACUGGGUACCGGAGGAUUGUGUCCAACAACUGCACAGAUGGACUAAGGGAUAAGUACUCUGCCAAGGCUCAGUUGUGCCCAGGAAAAGCCCCUCGAGGUCUCCAUGUGGUGACUACUGAUGGGCGGCUGGUGGCAGAGCAAGGGCAUAAUGCAACCUUCAUCAUCCUCAUGGAGGAGGGUGAUCUCCAAAGGACAAACAUCCAGCUGGACUUUGGGGAUGGGAUUGCUGUGUCUUACGCUAACUUCAGCCCCAUUGAGGAUGGCAUCAAGCAUGUGUAUAAGAGUGCAGGCAUCUUCCAGGUGACAGCCUAUGCAGAGAACAACCUUGGGUCAGACACCGCAGUCCUCUUCCUGCAUGUGGUUUGUCCUGUGGAGCACGUCCACCUCCGAGUCCCAUUUGUUGCCAUAAGAAAUAAGGAAGUCAAUAUCAGUGCGGUCGUGUGGCCUAGUCAGCUGGGGACCCUUACGUACUUCUGGUGGUUCGGCAAUAGCACAAAGCCCCUUAUCACCUUGGACAGCAGCAUCUCCUUCACCUUCCUCACAGAGGGAACCAACACCAUCACUGUGCAGGUGGCUGCGGGGAAUGCCCUUAUCCAGGACACAAAAGAUAUCGCUGUUCAUGAAUACUUCCAGUCUCAGCUCUUGUCCUUCUCUCCUAAUCUGGAUUACCACAAUCCUGACAUUCCUGAAUGGAGGCAGGACAUUGGCACCGUCAUCAAGCGAGCUCUGGUUAAAGUAACCAGUGUCCCAGAAGAGCAGAUCCUUGUGGCUGUGUUCCCUGGCCUUCCCACGUCAGCAGAGCUUUUCAUCCUCCCACCCAAGAAUCUGACGGAGAGGAGGAAAGGGCAUGAGGGAGAUCUGGAAGAAAUUGUAGAGACACUGUUUAAUGCUCUCAACCAAAACUUGGUCCAGUUUGAACUGAAGCCAGGGGUCCAGGUCAUUGUAUACGUCACACAGCUGACAUUAGCUCCAUUGGUGGAUUCCAGUGCCGGACACAGCAGCUCAGCCAUGCUUAUGCUCUUGUCAGUGGUGUUUGUUGGCUUGGCUGUGUUUUUGAUCUACAAGUUUAAAAGGAAAAUCCCCUGGAUUAACAUCUAUGCUCAAGUACAACAUGACAAGGAGCAGGAGAUGAUUGGGUCAGUGAGCCAAAGUGAAAAUGCCCCCAAAAUCACACUCAGUGACUUCACUGAGCCUGAAGAGCUGCUAGACAAAGAGCUGGACACGCGGGUCAUAGGAGGCAUUGCCACCAUUGCAAACAGCGAAAGCACAAAGGAGAUCCCCAACUGCACCAGCGUUUAA